CUAGUUCUCACACACAACAAUCUACUAGUAUCUCAUAAGCCUACAACAUCCCUUGAACCAGAGCCCCACCCAACUCACUAGUCACCAUGGCCAAUUUCCAGAUAACUCCCCGCGCAGCGUUCGUGGAGAGCAAUGAGCUCAACUUCCGCAGCCUGUACCUUUUCCACACUCCCCUUGGUUCAAACCAGAAUCAGUCAGGCAUAAUAGACUCGAAUGUUACUACCGGUUUGGGUGCGGCAGUCGUUAACAACUGGCCGAUAUGUGAUGGCCCUAGCCCCGGCGCCACCGUUGUUGCGCGUGCACAAGGCCUGCAUAUCUAUGCCGGUAACUGGCAGAAUACUUUCAGCAUAACAUUCGAGGUUGAAAGGUUUAAGGGAUCAACGCUUCAAGUGAUGGGGAUAUCCGUCGAAGAAGGUGAGUGGGCUAUUGUUGGUGGGACAGGACAGUUCGCUAUGGCGACCGGUGUCAUCUAUAAAAAGUUCCAUGAACAAAGGAGUGAAGGUAACAUCAUAGAACUCACUAUCCAUGGAUUUUGUCCCAUGGUUCACAGAGCCUUCCCACAAAGGUUGGACCAUGGGGUGGAAAUGGAGGCUCAGAUAAAGACAUCGUCGAGGCACCCAAGACGUUUAGAGAGCAUCACAGUUAGCAGCGGCACUAUCAUUGAUUCAAACAAAUUUUCUUAUGUCGACCAAGCUAUAAGUUGUGUAAUGAACUUGGUAAAGCGAGUGAAGAUCCAAAGCUAUGCAUUGUGAACAUGAAAAAUUGGUAGAUGGAUAUGAUG